AUGCCGUUACCAGCUUUCAUCAUGAAGUGUAACGUAUAUUAUUUAACUGUGGUAACAUUUGUUUGUGGAAGUAUCACUAUCGUAGCACUGUCGCUAUCAGUGGGCACUGACUAUUGGUUACUGACUAGAGAACUUAUGUUAGAAGCUCGUUAUGAGAAUAAUACAAUAAUAGAAGGUGUCCCUAAAAUGUGGUUUUCAACGAGGAGCGGUUUAUGGAAAGUGUGUGUUAUAACAGAAAUUCCUGGCCAAGCUGAAGUCUCUACAUUUUGUUUACCGAUAUAUUUCAAUGCUGAAAACGUUGGUCGGCAAUUAGAUGAAUAUACAUCUAUGAUUAUCGUUGCCUCUAUCAGAAAAGCAGUACCAUUACCAGUAGUGGCGUUAAUAUUAUGUGUAAUUGGUUUUAUUUUAAAUGUAGUUGGUAGUAUACAUUCUGAUGUUAAAACGUUAGCAGCUGCUAUUUGUUAUGUUUUAACUGGUUUAGCUCUAGCAGUUGGAAUAAUUUUAUAUAUAUCAUCCAUAAAUGAUGAAGUAGGAUAUAGAUCGAAUACUAACAGAGAAGAAGGAGGGUUUUAUUACGAGUAUGGUUGGUCCUUCUAUUCUGCUGGUUUGUCGUUUGUGAUAGCCGAGAUGGCGGCUGUAGUGUGCGUUACGUUAUAUUUAAAGAGAAAUGAACGGGUGGAAGAUAUGAUUAAGAUUAUUCCAGGACUAGAAGAUAAGGUUGAUUCGGACGUACCUGAUGGUGAUGGUUUGAACAAUCCAACAAUUAUACUUUGA